CUCUCUCUCUCUCUUAAUAGUCAGAGUGACAGUGGAAGCGGUGAACAUCAGCAGCAGCAGCACCGCGUGUUUAGAAAUCAUUGUUUUUACGGAGACAACAAACGUACGAUGAAGCGAUGAAAUGAUUUCUUCCGUCUCCUCUCUCUCCUCUUAUGGAGCGCACAUGCCUCCAACAUGACGUAUUUUGUACAAUGGCUCUCAUACUGGAUACCUCACAACAUAGGACCUUCCUCUCCAGUGCCACCUCUACUGUGUUAGGUCAUGUUGCACAACUUUUGGCUGGGGAGACGUUCUGGUAACGUGCUCUUUAUUCUUCUCAUGUUGACGCUGACCUGCAAUAUAAUCUUCUAUUCUCAACGCUACCUCAAUAAGUCUGCUGCCUGGGAGAAUAACUGUGAUUUGAACACAUAUCUGAAAGUGUCUAUGAAAUUUAUCGAGUCUAAAGGUUCCAAGUCUUUCAAGGAAAUUCUUCAUAGCUAUUGUCCUGGUGUUGAUGAAAAUGACAAGGAUGUUCAGCGCCUGAUUUGGGCUCUUUUUGAUCUUGUGAAUUUCUGCAAGAAAAAUGUUAGCAUUACAGCUCGUCCUGAGACCAACAGACCCAUUCUAACUAUGUUUACAUCAUGGGAUGUGAAUGAAACCAAAUAUAUUGUCCAUAACAACACAAUCUCAAACUGGAUAAAGCUAAAGAAAUAUGUAAACCCCAUCAUUUUCACAAACAGCAGCCAGUACAAAAAACUUUGUAGUGAUGCUGGCUGGACUGUUUACCCCAUUACACAUUAUGCUGCUGGUGGAGCUCCUGUCUUGAAAACAAUGUUUUUAAAAGCCAUGGAGAACUUUAACACUACAUAUUAUGCUUUUGCAAACGGUGAUAUUCUCUUUGAAGAUGGUCUUAUCGAUACUCUGUUCUUGCUUAUGGAAGAAAUGAGCAUUGACAACAUGUCUCAUCCUUUACUUCUAAUUGGCCGGAGGACUAAUGUAAAAUAUUUGUCCAGAAAGGAUGCAUCCACCCAUAAAAGUCUGAGGGGUGUGGCAAGAGAAAAAGGACACCUAUUCUUAGUAAAUGCUGAAGAUUAUUUUAUUACAAACCGCAACUAUCCCUGGAAGGAUAUUCCUAACCUCGUGAUAGGACGUCCAGCUUAUGACAACUGGCUUGUAGCGCACGCUCGUCGUUCUAACUUUACUGUUAUUGAUGCUUCUGAUACGAUACUCGCUGUACAUCAAACUACAAAUGCUGGCAACUGGGAAGGCCACAAAAGAAAAUUCAGUAAUUAUAAUGAUAUUCUUUUAAAAAAACUCAAGCUGCCUCGGCGUUAUCGUAACGGCGAGACAGGGUGUACGCCACUACGGACAGCAUAUGACCUAUGUAGUAGAAUAGUCAUUCAAGAACGGAAAGUAUUCCCCCCACAGUGUCACAUAAAACCAGGAUGAAUACUUCUUUCAUUACAUAGGCUAUAAGAGAACUGAACAUUUGUUUCUAUCACUCAGUUUUUUUUUCAUUGUUGACAGUCCUUUUUUUCUCUCUCUCUCUCUCUCUCUCUCUCUCAGUUUUUAAUGCAUGCAUUUAGAUUUCUCUAAAUUUUCAUUCUCUCUAUCACAUUCCUUCCACCACCCCCUCACCCCCACCCCCCACCAAUGCGCUCCUUCAAAGUACAAUUCUUUCUCAAAUAUUUCUCCCACUUUCAUUCUCUCCCUUUAGCUUGCCUCUCUUUCUUGUGCACAAUUUUCCUCUUAACUGCUCUCCAUCUCUCUUUUCCUUUCUGUUCCUUCAGACAUACAUAGCUAUUAUAUACAUGCAUAUAUAUAUAUAUAUGUGUAUAUAUAUAUACAUAUAUA